AUUGAAAAAAGCAAUUAUCAACGUUGUCUAUUUUUGCCUUAAAAAACAAUAAUUUAAGAAGGAAACCCGGUUGACACUGCUGGAGUAAUUAUUUAGUUUAAAAUCGGUUUAAUGAACUGUCCUCAUUAAUUAGUGAUUAAUACUAGUACAAGUGUACAACUUUAAACUUUAUUUAGUUUAACGAGCACCAAAAAAAAUAGUACUACAACUUUAAACAUAAACACACACUCACACUCUUGUUCUUCAUCUUUCAGAUAUGGUUUAAUUCAUUCAUUCAUUCAUUCAUGAAGUAAUAGUGAGAAAAAGAAAGAUUUUGACUGAAACCCAUUAUUCUAUGAUCCAUAAAUUAAACUAUGAAAUCACCAAUUAAUCUAGAAUUUCUCAGAACAACACACGCUCUCAAGAUCGGUGCUUUCUUUUUCAUUUCAAUCACUUUCUUCUACUUAGGUAAACACUGGUCCGAUGGCUAUCAACAGCUCAUUUUCUUCACACAAGAUUCCGACUCAGAUCCCAAUUCCAAUCACGAAGUUUCAAUUUCACCUAAUUUCAACAAAUCAUUCAAUGUUUCUUCAUUAAUUGAUCACAAUGAUGUAGAAAAAGUUCCUGAAAAAACCCUAACACAACCAUCGCCGGCGACACAACCACCGCCGGAGACACAACCGCCACCUCCACCUCCGGCGGUGGAUGAUUCGGUUGAGAAAUUCGGGAUCGUGAAUGAGAAUGGAACGAUGUCGGAGGAGUUUGAGGUUGGGAGUUUUGAUCCGGAAAUGGUGGAUGAUUGGGUUAAUGAAACGCAGGUUGAGAAAGAAGGUUCUGAGAGUGUUACGAAAUUUGUGAUUAAGAAAUUUGGGUUGUGUAGUAGAGAUAUGAGUGAGUAUAUACCUUGUUUGGAUAAUGUGGAAGCGAUUAAGAAGUUGCCGUCGACUGAGAAAGGUGAAAGAUUUGAACGGCAUUGUCCUGAAGAAGGUAAAAGGUUGAACUUGAAUUGUUUGGUUCCUGCACCUAAAGGGUACCGUGCCCCAAUUCCAUGGCCUAAAAGCCGAGAUGAGGUUUGGUUCAGUAAUGUUCCUCAUACUCGUCUUGUUGAAGAUAAAGGUGGCCAAAACUGGAUUUCAAGAGACAAAAAUAAGUUUAAAUUUCCGGGAGGUGGUACACAAUUUAUACACGGGGCAAAUGAAUACUUGGACCAUAUUGCUAAGAUGAUUCCUGAAAUUACAUUUGGUCGGCAUAUACGAGUUGCUCUUGAUGUUGGCUGUGGGGUGGCUAGUUUUGGUGCGUAUUUACUGCAACGGAAUGUUGUGACCUUGUCUGUAGCUCCCAAGGAUGUUCAUGAGAAUCAGAUUCAGUUUGCUCUUGAGCGUGGGGUGCCGGCCAUGGUGGCAGCAUUUGCAACUAGACGGUUAUUAUAUCCAAGUCAAGCUUUCGACUUGAUACACUGUUCACGCUGUAGAAUUAAUUGGACUCGAGAUGAUGGGAUAUUGCUGCUUGAAGUUAAUAGGAUGCUAAGAGCAGGAGGGUAUUUUGUAUGGGCUGCCCAGCCGGUUUAUAAGCACGAAGAAGUUUUAGAAGAACAAUGGGAAGAAAUGCUUAAUCUUACAACUCGACUCUGCUGGAAGUUUUUGAAAAAAGAUGGGUACAUUGCAGUAUGGCAGAAACCUUUUGACAAUAGCUGCUAUUUAAACCGCGAGGCAGGAACUAAACCUCCUCUAUGCGACCCAAGUGAUGACCCUGACAAUGUUUGGUAUGUUGAUCUAAAAGCAUGCAUCUCUGAAUUGCCUAAGAAUGAAUAUGAAGCCAAAGUUACCGAUUGGCCUGCACGUUUGCAAACCCCACCCAAUAGGCUUCAAAGCAUAAAACUUGAUGCUUUUACAUCCAGAAAAGAGCUAUUUAAGGCAGAAUCGAAGUACUGGAAUGAGAUAAUAGCAGGCUAUGUUCGUUCUAUGCGCUGGAAGAAGAUGGCAUUAAGAAAUGUUAUGGACAUGCGGGCAGGUUUUGGAGGAUUUGCAGCAGCAUUGAUUGCGCAGAAACUUGACUGCUGGGUUAUGAAUGUCGUUCCUGUUAGUGGUUCAAACACCUUGCCUGUCAUAUACGACCGCGGAUUAAUUGGAGUCAUGCAUGACUGGUGUGAACCAUUUGACACCUAUCCAAGAACUUAUGAUUUCCUGCAUGCAGCAAAUCUGCUUUCAGUCGAGAAGAAAAGAUGCAAUGUGUCAUCAAUUAUGGUUGAGAUGGAUCGGAUACUAAGACCUGGUGGACGUGUAUACAUCCGCGAUUCUCUUGCCAUAAUGGAUGAACUUCAAGAGAUUGCCAAAGCAAUAGGCUGGCACACGACACUACGAGACACAGCCGAGGGACCUCAUGCAAGUUAUAGGAUCUUGGUUUGUGAUAAACAUCUGCUACGCGCUUCGAAGCAAUGAGGUGGUAGCAUGUAACAUGUUUUUUAUACAGUCAUCCCCGGCGAUAACAAGGCAAAUUAGUCAUUUGAGAAGUACGCGAAGAUGCAAGUGUAGAAGUAUCACUUCCUCACAAGAGGUGGUGCACAAUUGUUUAUUUAUUUAUACUACUGGUUAGGCAUAAGGAUCCCAAACAGCUGGAUAGGUCGACUGCGACAUUUAACAUAUUUGUAUAAUUUAAUUUAUCUGUAUAAUAUUACAAAUACAAAACUCUACGUAGGGCGCAUCUGUUAUAUUAUUCAAUGAUGUUUACUACAAAGUCCAAUACCUGCUAUUUAUGUUUUGUAAUCUAAAAUACAAUGUGCACUAAGUGAAGCUGUUGGGAUUUCAUCAUGUUUCGACAGAAGGAAAUUCCCUCGAAUGUGAUUCGAGCAUUACUCACAAA